GAUUUAAAAAAAUCGAUGUAUUGCUUGACACUCCAAAUAUAUGUUGAAUAGUGUAUUAUUCACCCAAACAAGUUAAAAAAGUGAAAAUAACUUUUAUAAAACAGAAUUAAAUUGUGUACAAUUUUUAUAUAAUCGAAUAUUUAUGUAUACCAAUACCUAGUUAUCAAAUAUCCAUUUGUAUUUUUAAAUUUUUAUAGGUUAUGUUUUCUUCCUUCAGCUGAUAUAAAUUCGACUAUGUCAGAUCAAGUUUCUGACCCCACAGAUCCUUCUGGUAGUAAUACCAAGGAUCAAACAGGUCAAAAGACGUUAAAUUUCCAAGGGAAAACUGAUCAGUACGCUUCGAGAUUAAUAAAUUUACAGAGAAUACAACAGAAGAAACAAGCCGUUCUUUCGUUGCCAUAUAAUAAGAAAUUAUUAAAACUAGCAGUUUAUUCCAAAUGCCAGGCUGAAAAAUGCGAUUGUAUCGGUUGGAAAAGGGUGGAUAGUAAUCAACAGAAUCCCACGUUUACGGAUCCUUGUAGAUGCGAGCAUCUUCUAGAGAUGCAUAUAUCACAUUUGGUGGAUAAACCGGAACAAGAACUCAACCGACUUUUGAGUAUGGUUGUCGACGUGGAUAACAUGUAUACGGCAAUGAGUAAAGAAGAAAACCAAGAAACCCACAAAGUAUACUUAUAUUUAUUCAGGCUGUUAAGGAAGUGCGUUUUAACCCUCGAUAAACCCGUUGUAGAGGGCCCUUUGGGCCAGCCGCCCUUCCAGAAACCCAGUAUCCACAAGGCCGUUACAAAUUUAUUGAUUUACAAGUUUUCCCACAUCAGCCAACAAGAAUUGAAGACCAUGUACGAAUUAGUCAAAAUAUUGUUCCAUUGUUUGAACACUUGGGAUUUCCCUUGUCCCAGUAGCCAGAAGCAUAUCGUCAGUCAAGAAGAAGCCAUGAAAUACAAAAUCGAGUAUACGAGGUGGUUGGUAUUUUGUUAUGUCCCAACUUUCUGCGAUUCGUUGCAACACUUUGACACCACCAUGGUAUUCGGAAGGACGUUAUUGAGGGCGAUAUUCAAAUAUAUACGCAAACAAAUCAUGGAUCAAUUUUAUAGGGAACGGGAUACGAUGCCUUCCGAUAGGAGACAAUUUCUCUUAACGAAUUUCCCCCCGUUCUUGAGUCAAUUGGACGAAGAAAUUUACGCAUCAAAUUCCCCAAUUUGGGAUCCCGAUUUCAAAUCGACUUCUUUACAUUUUCAGUCGUUACUCGAUUCGAGGUUAAGGGGCGGCGCCGGUACUUCCAAGAAAACCGAAUUCGAAAAAGUCACUUUGGGACACAGCGACAGGGAAGGCUUCACGACGACUUCCCUAAAUACCACCAAAACCGCCAGAACCUCCGAAAUGCCAAUCAGAGAAGCCAAAAGAAGAAAAUUCGCGUCCGAAGACCAUUUCGAAGACAUACCCAAAGAGACGGUCGCCGAAAUAAUCGCCACCAUCGACGAUCCCAAUUACAUGACAGGUCCCGACAUGGUGUUUUCCGAAGACGCUUCCGCCACGGACGAAAUACCGAAGUUGGAGGAGCAGCAGAACAUCAUCCAACUCCACGUCGUCGGCAACAGUCUGACCAAACCUGUCGCCAAACAGACCAUGUUGUGGUUGAUCGGUUUGCAAAACGUUUUUUCCCACCAACUGCCCCGGAUGCCCAUCGAGUACAUCACUCAGCUGCUAUUCGAUCCAAAACAUCGAACGAUCGCCCUGAUUCAGGACAACCGUCCCAUCGGUGGGAUAUGUUUCAGACCGUUCCAGACGCAGGGUUUUACGGAAAUUGUUUUUUGUGCCGUUACUUCCAUUAAACAGGUCAAAGGGUACGGUACGCAUUUGAUGAAUCAUUUGAAAGAUUAUCAUAUUUCUAAAGGGAUUCUACAUUUUUUGACUUUCGCCGAUGAAAAUGCCACAGGGUACUUCGAAAAACAGGGUUUCUCCAAAGAUAUCAAAUUGAAUAGGGCCGUUUACCAAGGUUACAUAAAAGAUUACGUCGGUGCUACGUUGAUGCAUUGCGAAUUAAAUCCAAAAAUAGUUUAUACGGAAUUUACUAGUAUGGUGAGGAAACAGAAGAAAUUCGUCAAACAAUUGAUUUAUCAACAACAGAACAACGUUUCCAAAGUGCACCCCGGUUUGACGUUCUUCAAAGAAGGUGUUCGAAGUAUCCCCAUCGAAUCGAUUCCCGGUAUAGAGGAGACCGGUUGGAAACCGGCUUCCAGAGCCACCAGGGGUCAGUUAUUGGAGGAGUCUCAGGACGCCGACGUUUUAGCGGGACUUUUGAAGAGCGUGCUCAAUUCCGUGAAAAAUCACGAGGAUUCGUGGCCGUUCAGACAACCGGUCGAUAGGCACGUCGUAAAGGAUUAUUACGAUCAUAUUAAAUAUCCGAUGGAUUUGAAAACAAUGAGUGAAAGAUUGAAAUCUCACUAUUACGUUUCGAGGCGACUUUUCAUCGCCGAUAUGAUGAGGAUUUUCACCAAUUGUAAAUUCUACAAUUUACCCGAAACCGAAUAUUAUCAAUGCGCCGAAAAUUUGCAGCAGUAUUUCCAAACGAAAAUGAAGGAAAUUGGCUUGUGGGAUAAAUAGAUCAAUUUAAGAAACA